AUGCCGUAUGCUCAUUUCCAUUUUUCCGUGGCACAAGAAGAACUGACCUGCCCCGAGGAUGGCUUCUACAACGUGGCCCGCAUCGUGGAGAGCCGUGCGGCGGGCUUCCCCGUGGGGCGGUACGUGGUCGGCUACUGGGGGUGGCGCGACCGCACCGUGGCCGAUGUGGGGCUGGACGCGCCCUACUUCAUGUCUCCGGCCAUGCUGGUGCCAGACCUGGGGGAGCUGCCCCUCUCCCUCUCUCUGGGGGUGCUGGGCAUGCCUGGAAUCACGGCCUACUUUGGACUGCUUGAGGUCUGCAAGCCAAAGAAGGGAGAGGUCGCCGUAGUCAGUGGGGCAGCAGGUGCUGUGGGGUCCAUAGUUGGGCAGAUAGCGCGCCUCAAGGGGUGCAAAGUAAUUGGCUUCGCGGGAUCAGACGCUAAGCUCAGUAUUUAUUUCAUAAACAAAUUGCGAAAGACGCCCCCAACAGACAUCGGACAUGUUUAUGCACUGCUGCCGAUAUCCAUUUAG